GUGUGUGUGUGUGUGUGUGUGUGGACAGUGAAUGAGAAAACCACGAAGGUGAUCGAGGCUGCGUUCCAACACGCCAGAUACCCGAGUGUGAAGGGAGAGAAAUCCCUGCUCUUCAUUGGCAACGUCAAAUACGGCCUGGACAAUUUGGAGAUCCACAACCUGACGAUCGGUCAAAGUGCGUUUGAGCUGCGUCCAGGUGAAGGCGUCGCCAUGGAAAUAAGCAACGUGUCCGCGACCUUCAGAGGGACAAUCCAGUACGGAUACGGCAGCUGGCUUGUCAACGUUGCACAUUCAGUCGACUUCGAGAUUGAGUCUCAGAUUGAUCUCGGAAUCAACCCCAGACUAUACUGUGGUGAAGGGAAGGUGGCAGCCGACACGUCCGACUGUUACCUGAACUUUCACAAGCUCCGUCUUCAUCUGCAGGGCGACAGACAACCGAACUGGCUGAAGAGGCUCUUCACUGACUUCAUCACCUUCACCGUGAAGAUGGUCAUCAAGGGACAGAUUUGCAAGGAGAUCAACAAGGUGGCGAAUAUUCUGGCCGACUUCAUACAGAACACAGCAGAGCAGUUCCUCAGUGAUGGAAACAUCCGUGUUGACAUUGGUGUGACUGCUGCUCCUGUCAUCACUGCAAACUACAUCGAGUCAUACCACAAGGGAUCGACCAACUACAACAACACCGCUGCUGUCAUCAGUGACUCCGUUUUCCACCCGAGUCAGCUGACCGAACACAGGAUGCUUUAUUUCUGGGUCUCAGACCAGGUCUUUAACCCCAUGCUCACCGCUGCCCACGACGACGGACGCUUCCAACUCAACAUCUCCGGAGCAGAGCUCACUGAACUGUUCAGGACAAAUCUCUCCAGUGCGACGCCUGAAUCUUUUCGAAAGUGUUUGUUGGAAUCAGGAUCUCCGGAGCUCAGAGUGUGGAGUUCCUCGGUUCCCUUCCUCAACACCUCCACCCUGGGUACGACGGUGUGGGCGGAGGCCUCUGGGACGCUCAGCUGUGGGAGUCAAACACCAACGCUCUUCUUUCAAACGAAUGUGGUCGUAGACGUUUCAGCUUCCUACGCUGACAAGAAACUGCUCCUGCAGGGGAAACCUUCAGAGAUCUUUGUAAUCCGAGCUGAUCUGCCGUCACUAAAUCAACCACUGGGAGAUGAACUGGAGUUCAUCAGAGAAGCUGUGGAGAAGAUUGGAAUCCCCAAAGUAUUGUCUGUUCUUGAGAUUGAAGUAACCAGACUGUUGGACAAACAGGGGACCAACUCAUUCGACAUCUUUGACCCUGAAGUUCUUCCUCGGGACGGCUUUGUGGUGAUUCAGAUGGACUUUGGUUUCCCUCAUCACCUCCUGGUUGAAUUCCUCAAGAAGACGCUCCAGUGACUCUGCAGCACAUUUUGCAGAGUCACUGGACCAGGACUGAAGACUUUGGAGAAAAUGUCCUGUUCACUGUGAAUGUUUCUAUUCUUUACAAUUUACUCAUUUAUUUUAUUUGAUGUUUAAACGUCUUGUUUCUAUUUGUCCUUUUUGUGAAUCACUUUGUAACUGUAGUUUUCUAAGGUGCUGUAUAAAUAAAGUUAUUAUUAUCAGUGUGUAAUAUUACUCUUGUACAGUUUUUACUUUGAG